CUUUGAACUUGGCAUCUCUGUUAAUAUGCCCAUCCUAGAUGGGACGUAUCACGCUUGGUGUCCGUCCAUCUGUCGGUCCGUCCGUUAACUUUUCCUUGUAAACGCGAUAACUUCAGUUCAGCUUAACGUAUUAUUAUGCUAUUAAAAUUUAAGAAGUGAAAUUCUUCUUUUGGUCUUUAUUCCAGUGCGAGGACAUCAGCAUGGAUGAGACGGAAGUAUGCAUAGCAUCCUUGGAGGAUCUUUGUCUUGAUCUGGUUGGAAAACUUGUGUCCAGUGUAGACCUCAUGAAUGAAAUAAAAGGUCUCCCUCAUACCCUGUUAAAAUGCCUUCUUCCUCGAUGUGACAACUAUAGGCUAGCUCUCCUUCAUAAUACAGCAAUCAAUAGAGGUCUUGGCAUUCAGACAAUAUGGCGUGACAGGUGCAAUGCUAGGUUCCGGUGGUUCUACCGGCACCGGUUCAAGUCCAACCUUCAUGACCCAUUCUGGCAGUGUUUGGUGUGUCUAUCUGCAACCGUACACGAUCGGUGUGUACAGGAUGAUGACUGGUAUCAAGUCUACAUGGACAAGGUGUGUGAGGAGAAUAUAGAAAAGAUAGGGACAGGAACCACCAGUCAAGAAAGUGAAUUCAUCUUGAGAUAUCCACUCCAGAGGGCAACACCUGGCAUUGACUACAAGCCGAAUCAGCUGUUCCUGAGCCUCAAGACCGUGAUAGCUCUAAUCAGAUCACUAAGUGCUCUUAACUUCCUGUCGCAUCAUCUACGAACCCUCAUGUGCAGAAUUCAAAUUCCCACCAAGUACAAGGAACCGGUUACAUCUGCUUUAGAGCGGUUCCUGAGGGUUCUUCUUGGUGGGGGCAAGCUUGGAACAGUGUACCUCAAGGAACAGCAGGUCAUUCGGGGUGAAUCCGUUGACUAUGCUCGCCUGCUGGUUAUGCUGCUGCUAGGAAGGAUGGGCGAUGGAGGAGAGACAGAGAGGGAACAGACUGAAGAAGGUUACUCAGACAGAGAUGAGAGAAGUCCCGAGAGCCAUCCUUCAGAAGCUGGUGAUUUCAGCGAAGAUCUGUAUGAUUUCUGCUUCCAGGAGCCAGUGAAGCCUGAUUUCCAGCGGACAUUGGAUGCUUCUUCGGACUCAGAUGGUGACCUUGCGCCUUUCCAACCAGCAGGGACUGUCUAUGAUAUGUAUUGUGAGGAAGGUGCUGUAGGAGAUGCUAGAGGGGAUGCUGUAGGAGAGGACAAUAUUGCUUCCUUCGUGAUACCUGAUAUCCAAUUAAGGGAUCCAUGCUGUCACCAUGUUGAUCUCGACUAUAAUUAUUUCCAGCACUUCUUGAGAGUUCCUGAUUCUAGACCAACCCUUGGCUAUUCCGUCUCCAAUCUAGUCCUGGUCUAUGUUGGAUUAAAUCCCAAAAGCUGUUCUACCCUGGCUGAAUGUUUGGUCAGAUCUACAUCAUUACAGUCAUUGGCUCUGAUACAGUGUGUCCUGCCUUCUUGUGGCUGGUGUGAGAUCAUGUCUGGAUUAGCUAUAAGGGCUCAGAAGGGAUUAGUACUCCAAGAACUUGCUCUGACAUUCAGCCCAACCUACAGGACCAUACCUCUGACUUUGUUUGGUCAGUACUGUGCACACAAACUCAACGAGAUGCUGGAAGCUUAUCUUGGCCUAAAUCACAAGAUGACGAGUCUGAAGCUGGAGCUCCUCCUUACCCGAACAUGCCAAGCAGCUGGUAAUUCAUUCCUACCUAAGUACCUACCCAGUAUAUCCUGCCUUACCCUCAACUGCUGGUGCCGACCGUUGACCUUGGAUCAUUCCAUCACUCAUCCAAUCCACCAGAUAGUCUCACCUGCAGACCUUUGUCGUGCCAUCCAAGUCAAGGACUCUAUCCUCACCGACCUGCUGCUUGAGAAUUCAUCGCUUGAGACAGAAGAGCUGGAUAGUCUUUUUGCUGCUGCUGCACAUGCUGUUUCCUUAAAGCGGUUGAGUGUGAGAAGAAACAGGUAUUCCACAUCUCAUCCUACCGGCCUCAUUGCCUUACUGCACCAAAAGGGAUUACGCUCUCUUGAUUUGUGCCAAUGCAAGUUCUCAAUUAAAGACUGUGAUAUAGAUUCCCAAGACGCUCUUGUAGAUGCACUUAUCAACAACUGUAACCUUCAGCAGCUUAACCUUUCAGAUCGAGUUCUAGGUGAUGAAGAUCUUGCCAUUCUGAGCAGAGCGUUUGCCGACACGAAGCGCACCAAGCAACAUCCUGGAUACUGCCUUUCUAUCUGUCUUUCAGCCUUUUCAUCAAGGGCCUUAGAGGAUUUCAGGGAGAUGCUCUCAAAGGGAGCAUCCAGUUGUCAUAGUAACAGGAGACUGCAUUCCUUAGAUCAUUUGAGUCUGGACUGGAAAUGUUUUGAUAUGAUAAGAACAUUGAAGACAAUCAUUCCUCAGGUGACCUGUCCACAUAGAUUAUCAAGUUGACAAUGUUUGAUUUGAUAGGAACAUUGAAGAUCAUCAUCACUCAUGUGACCAGUCAUGUGACCUGUCCAUAUAGACUCUCAAGAUGACAAUGUUUUCAUAUACAUGUAAGAACAUUGUAGAAUAUCAGCCAUCAUGUGACAAAAAGAGCAAACAGUAAGAUCUCAUGAAUAAAUUAUCAUAAUUCAUUCAUAUUAAGUAUGCAGUAAAAUAUAUGAAUUUAGUGAAAUUUACCUAUGCAAUCAUGUAGGUUACGUCAUUCUCUACCAUUAUGCAAAUAUUUGUCACGUUCUGCUGCUGGGAGUGACAAGAAUCAAAAUAUCCCUGAGCUAUCAGGGUUAAAAUGUGUCAUUCUGUGAGAAGCCUAGUCCAUUUACUCCCAAAAUAAGCUUAUCCACAAAAAUAUGUGUGGAGAAAUUAAAUGAAAUUUAUUCAAAGCAGUGUA